GGCGCGCUGCAGCUCUCGCCGAUGGGCCUCGGGACGUGGUCGUGGGGGAACCAGUUCGUGUGGGGGUACGAAGACUCCAUGGACUCGGAGUUACAGAGGGUGUUUAACAUGGCGGUGGACGCGGGCGUCAACGUGUUCGACACCGCGGAUUCGUACGGCACGGGCAACGGCUUGGACGGACGGAGCGAAGUCCUCCUCGGGAAGUUCCUUCGAGAGUGCCCGUCCGAGCGCGUCGCGGACGUGCAGAUCGCGACCAAGUUCGCGGCGUACCCGUGGAGGGUCACGCCGAACAGCGUCGUCGUCGCCGCGCGCGAGUCCGCGGCCCGUCUCGACCGUCCUUCGAUCGAGCUCGGGCAACUUCACUGGAGCACGGGAAACUACCAGCCUCUGCAAGAGCGAGCGCUGUGGGGGGGCAUCGCGGACGCGUACGACGCCGGGGUCAUCGGCGCGGUUGGCCUUAGCAAUUACGGACCGAAGCAGCUGCGGCGGAUACACGCGUACAUGACGAGCCGCGGCGUGCCGAUCGCGACGUUGCAGGUACAGUAUCACCUCUUGUCGCGGUUUCCGGAAUUCGACGGCACGCGGGAGGCGUGCGACGAGCUGGGGAUUCGGAUGAUCGCGUAUUCGCCGCUCGCGCUGGGGCUACUGACGGGGAAGGCGCGUUCUCAUCCAUCACACUGGUCCCCAUACGACCGCGUUCGCGUGGACGUGUUGCCCGCGCUUCCGGGGCUUCUGAGCGUGAUGCGCGCCGUCGGGGAAGAGCGCGGCGGGAAGAGUCCCGCGCAGGUGGCCAUCAACUGGUGCUUGUCGAAGGACACGACGCCGAUACCGGGGGCGAAGAACACGCGGCAGCUGGAGGAUAAUCUCGGGGCGUUGGGGUGGAGGUUGAGCGAGGGGGAGGUGAGGGCGUUGGACGACGCCGCCGUCGCGGCGGGGAAGAGCACGUCGCAGAACAUCUUCCAGACGAAGUAG